UGAGCGCUGUAAAAAAAACAAUUAAUCUCCAUCUUUGACAAUUCGAUCAAAAUAAUAUUUUCUCCUCAUAUCGAAAAAAUGAUUUGAGCUGUUAAUUAAACAGUAACUGGAUUAAAUGUGAUGUAUUAUUCAAUUUAAUAGUCGGAUCAAUAAUUGGAAAAGAUGAUUACGUGAUAAAAAAACAAGUGCCGUACUCUGUCGAAUUAGUUAAAGGGGGAGGUAAUGUUCCUGUGUGUUUGAUGUCUUCUCGUAAUCGACGAUGGCAACAUUUUAUAAUUAUUUUUUUCCUACAUAUAAUUAAUAAAAUCAAAUGAGUCGUGUUAAAAGAUCAAGUGUUAUGAUACAUCAUCGCACAUUUUACAAAUAGAGAAUUGAAAAUGGAUUCAUGGUUGUGUCCGAAUAAUUCUAGUCAAAUUUGAAGCAAUUUAUUAGGACCACGGGUUUUGAUUAAAGAUGGAGGAAGAUAUUAAGGAGAGGAUUCUGUCAAGAAGGCGUUCAGCGGCAUUAAAUGCAUUUAAAGUCAAAGAUGAACGACUUGCUACUGUUAAAAAGGUCACUGCUAUAUUACAAAAACCUGAAGAUACUAGGUCAACUGAGGAGGAAGAAAUUUUACUAUCUUACAGUGAUAUUGUAAAAGAGGUUAAGUUGAGGCAGAAGAAAAGAGAUAGAGUGAAAGCAAGGCAAGAGGAAGUUGAAGAUGCACCUGAGGUUUUGGAGGAGAAAUGUAUGCGACUAGCAGCUGCUAUUAGUCGAGCAACUUCCCUUGCAGUUUAUACAGGUGCGGGUAUUAGUACAGCAGCUUCAAUACCAGAUUACAGAGGUACUAAUGGUGUUUGGACGAGAAUGCAACAAGGAAAAGAUAUUGGGAAUCAUGAUUUGAGCCAAGCGGAGCCAACAUUAACACACAUGUCACUUUAUUCACUCUACAAGGCGCGUGUUUUAAAGCACAUAGUUUCACAAAAUUGUGACGGUCUUCAUCUACGUAGUGGAAUUCCUCGAACAUUACUGUCGGAAGUUCAUGGCAACAUGUACGUCGAGGUAUGUAAAACCUGUAAACCUUCUCGAGAAUAUUGGCGACUAUUUGACGUCACGGAAAAAACAGCAAGAUACAAUCAUGGCACUGGUCGAUUAUGUCAUAAAUGUAAUUCGACACUUCAAGAUUCAAUUGUUCAUUUUGGUGAGAGGGGAAAUUUAUUAUGGCCAAUUAAUUGGAGUGGCGCAUCGAGAGCUGCUAAACAAGCUGACGUUAUACUUUGUCUUGGUUCAAGUUUAAAAGUUUUAAAAAAAUAUCCCUGGCUUUGGCAAAUGGAUCGACCAAUACAUAAGCGACCUUCCCUUUAUAUUGUAAAUUUACAAUGGACACCAAAAGAUGAGAAUGCCGUUUUAAAAAUUAACGGUAAAUGUGAUCAGGUCAUGAAAAAAAUAAUGACACAUUUAGGUAUUGAAAUUCCCGAAUAUAAUCGUGCAAAAGAUCCAAUUUUUCAUCAUGCCAUUAGAUUACAAAGUGCUGAGCAAUCGACGAGAACGCAACCGUUACUCGAGGAACCUGUUCUUAUUGAAACAGAGGAGAGUUUCAGCGUUGUUGAAAAUGUCGUCGAGGAAGUUGAGAAGCCAAUUGUUAAAGUUGAAACAAAAUCAGAGGCAGAUUGUAAUGAACAAAUUACACUCACCGAACCAAUGACCGCAUAUCCAGCGCCAUUUUUUGCGGCAUUACCAUUUCUUUCCAUGGGUUUGCCAUUUCCUCCAAUGUACAUGUAUCCGCAACUAUCGCCAUUUCUUUAUUAUCCGUUUAUUCAAGUGCCGGCAAUAAUGACGGAAACAGCAAAACCAAAACCUGCAUGCACAUUUUGUAUGGAGAAUGAGGGUUCUCUUACGUGUUUAUAUUAUCAACGUGAUGGCGAUGAUCCAGUUACCACGGAUUCUCUGCCACAAGAGGUGGAAACUGAAACGGAAAAUGUCUCAUCACUUGAUCAAAUUCAAGACGCUGAGGCAAUGACAUUAGACGUCAAUACACCGGUAUCAACCGCGAAAAAUCCGGGCUGGUUCGGCAAGGGAUAUCGAAAGGGAUUGAGAAAGAAACGGUAGCAUUCAAUUAUUUUUUUCUUAUCGCGUUUGACGUUUGUCAUUUAACUCCCAUUCGAAAUCUUUCUCAUUGAUGAGCAAAUUGUUCUGAAUUAGAAUAAUGUUUCUUUUUUUCGUUUGCGAACAAUUUUUUUUAACCGAUCACACUUUUUCAUUCUCAGCAAACAAUUUAUUUAUUUCGUUAUUUUUCAUCAAAAAACAAGAAAUCGGAUGGAAUAAUAUCUAUUAAAAUACAAUUAUUGUAUGAUAAUAAUCGAGUUAUUUAAUAUUAUAAUUAUUAUUACGUUAUUGUUCUUAUAAUUGAUUAUCAAUUAAAAGGGUAAUAUUUUGUAAAGAAUUUUAGAAAGUUUUUUACAGUCUACAUUUGAUAAUUGAUUGUUUGAACAAUAGCUUCACAAAAUAUUAUUUAUUUAUUUAUUUAAUAAUAAUUUUUUACGGGAGGUAUUGGGUAUAAUAAUAAUAACAAACCAAAGUUUUAUUGGUUUGAAAACGAUCGUAGCUCAAAAAAAAAAAAAAAAAAAAAAAAAUGAAUAAA